AUGUUCGCUCGCAUCCUUGCUAUUGUCUCCCUCGUUGCCUUCGCUGUUGCCGAUGCUGGCCAGUGCAACACUGGCAACAUCCAAUGCUGCGAGAGUGCUACCACUGUUCAGAAGUACAACGCGAAUGCCAUCAAGAGUGGUCUUGCGACUAUCCCUACUGAUGUUACCGGCCUCGUUGGCUUGGAGUGCAGCCCCCUCAUCGUCGUGGCUGGCGGUGCAGGCUGCGAGGCUUCCCAGGAACCUAUGUGCUGCAGCAACGAGGAAUACAACGGCGUUGUGAACGUUGGCUGCAGUCCCAUUAGCCUCUAG